ACGGACACAGACUCCUCUCUAAGCUGUCUGUCCUCCGCAGGGAGCGGGAGACUGGCCGGUGUGGUCCGGAUCGGCUACGGCGCACGACCCCGGCGGACAGGUCCCACUGCGGUGAUGUCGUCCCCCCUCCUCCUCCUCCUCCUCCUCCUCCCCUUCCUCCUCCUCUUCCUCGCCCCCGCCCUGACGCUGGAGUUCCGUUACCACAGCAACCGUGAGAUGGAGCAGUACCUCCUCCAGCUCAACGCCUCCGACCCUGACAUCACGCACCUGUACAGCAUCGGCCAGUCCGUCAAAGGUCAGCAGUUGUGGGUGUUGGCUCUGGGUCUCAGCCCUCAGCGUCACGCCGUCGGCAUCCCGGAGUUCAAAUAUGUGGCUAACAUCCACGGAAAUGAGGUUCUCGGCCGAGUGCUGCUGCUCCAGCUAAUCGACGACCUGGUGCGCGGUUACCGCGACAGCGAAACGUGGGCGCUGCGGUUACUGAACAGCACCCGCGUCCACAUCCUCCCAACCAUGAACCCCGAUGGCUUCGAUGAAGCGGGCACACAUUGCCAGUACAGCCAGGGCAGGUUCAACUACAACGGCGUGGAUCUGAACAGGAACUUCCCCGACGCCUUCGCUGGUCUCCGGAGGCAACGGCCGCUUGACGAGGAGAAGAGGGAGGCAGAGGUCAGGGCCGUGAUUGGCUGGCUGAGGACGGAGAGUUUCGUCCUCUCCGCGAACCUUCACGGGGGAGCUCUGGUGGCCAGUUACCCGUACGACAACAGCAACGGAGGCGGCGAGCUGGUGGGCGGAGCCAGCGUCACCCCGGAUGACGACGUGUUCGUGCACCUGGCCAAGGUGUACUCCCACAGCCACGCCUCCAUGCACCGGGGCGACCGCUGCGACGACAGCACGUCGUUCCUGGAGGGCAUCACCAACGGGUACCAGUGGUAUCCGCUGACGGGUGGGAUGCAGGACUACAACUAUGUGUGGGCUCAGUGUUUGGAGGUGACUCUGGCUUCCUCGUGUGUGUGUUUACCUGCCUCCUCUGGUAUUAAACUGAAACUGAACCAGGACAAUAGUAACCCGAUACUGUUUGUGUGUGUUUGUGCGUGCCUGCGCUUGUUUUCAGGGGUCAAAGGUCGUGUGUUUGACGGCUCUGGAGUCCCGGUGCAGAACGCAGUGGUGGAGGUCAAAGGUCGCAGGAAUAUGUGUCCGUUCAGGACCGACCGACAUGGAGAAUACUACAGACUGCUGCUGCCUGGAAACUACGUGUUCACAGUGACGUACCCGGGCCACGAGGUUUUGACGGAGACACUUGACGUCCCGUAUGGUCCCGAUCGCUUCUCUGCCAUGAAACACGACUUCCUGUUACGACGCACCCCGGCCAACCCCACCCAAGCUAACCCCACCCCUAGCUGCAACUACACCUCACCCCUGGAGGCGGGCGGAGCCGUCAGCAGGCCCACAUGGACGGGGCUAGGUGCGGGGCUCGGGCUCGUGGCGGCGCUCCGGUCCGUGAUCGGCUGAGGCGGCCCGGUGCUCAGUGUUGCCUCUGGUCAGCGGGGGGUCGCAUUUUCAGUCCCGGCGGCGACACCUGACCCGCGCGCUGCGGCGUCUCCGAGCAACACUGAACCCUCAACCUGCAAGAACAAAAAGAACACGUGGUCCGCCAGAGGUUUCGACGCCAGGGUUUGUCGCGGCCAAAAAAAAAACCAAAACAUUUGAGGGCAAAGGGGCGAAGCCAGGUGGGAGCGUAAAGCCCCGGUCACAGCAGAAAGCGGCAAAGUUCGUGUCCAUGGUAUCCUCGCAAAAUAGGUGGUGCCGGACGCUGAGGAACGUGGGAACUGCUCACAGUGGAGAAAGGCACAGAUGUAAAUAAAAAAAAAAUUUAAAACAAUGACAGCUGAAAUCCAUUUAGCUGCUUCAGGCUCAAGGUCCUGGUGCGGUUGAUGCUGGCUCGCUGUCCCGGCUCACAGGGACGCUGGAAUGUUUUCAGUAACACCUGUGCUUUUCCUAUUAUGAGUCCAAACAUUCGGGGUAACUGACAAACCACAGCCAAGCCGGUCACUAACUGGACAAAAAGUUCACACAGCUUAUUCAAGAAGACGUAUGUGUAUCAUCUUUUUUCGUGCUCCGUCAAAGGAGGGUGCGUAAAUUUGAUGCCUAUAAGCUACAAUAGCUUCCUCUGUUCUGGACUCUCGGGCUCGUCGGCAGCGUCAAAGGUCGCCGGCGUCGAGACGUUUUUUUGGUAUCGGUCGGCGGCGGAAAUUUGAGCUCGACACAAAAGGUUUGCACGGCUUCGCUUCGCUCUGCAGUGUGAGUCACGGCUUCCGGCGAUUUCGCUUAAAAAAAAUCAUUUACUUUGCCGCAACAUUUCGUCGUUUUAAACGCUGCCGUGACUGAGCCUUAGAGAAAUGUUCCCUGACUGAAAUUAACUCGUGAAUAAUUGUGGAAGGGGAGAGUAUUGACUUUGUAUUUCUACGGAGAAGUUGGGGUUUUUCCUAUUUCCAUUAACGUAGACCCGGCCUGAACCUCUAAGAGCGGGAAAAACUCCGAAACAAAAAAUUAGGAUUUAAAGGAAAAGACAGAGGAACCUCAGGAGAGUUUCAACAAAAACAAAAAAAAAAUAAAGUACCAAUACUAGGAACAUAAAGUACAACUUUCCUACGCUAUAGAGACCAGCUUCGCACUCCCACCGGAAUAGCCAGGUUUCAAAUCUGGCGAUGAACUUCCUCAAAAGGCAGCUGAGAGUUUAUCGUACUCACAGGAGGAAAAAGCUCCUCUGCCUGGGGGAUUUCAUCUCAGGGAAAACGAGACGUCUUCCCUGCCAAGAGGUCACGGCGUGUGGAGGCGCGCAGGGAGGGGUGGGGCUCAUUGAGUGUGGGGGCGCUCUUUAAAAUGAGCUCUUUUCAGAAAGGGCGGUGUUUUCAGACGGAGGACGGGGCGGGACGGUAGACGAGGGUGGAAAUUACUGAGCGUUACUCAUCUGUCCGGACUCACCGAGGUGUGUUUGGUGCACGGCGCCGGAGGGUCGUGCUCGGGCAGGCGCUCAUCCUCUCUGCUGAUUUCAUCACAUUCACGCCCACAGGGCAGUUCAGUCCCGUGGCUUGAGACUGCCACAGGGUGGCAAAGUUAGUCUGGGGGGGGCACAAGAUGAUUAACAAGACAGGAAAUAACAGGAAAAAAAAUCCCAUUUCUGCGACACAAAUUACGAUUAUUUUCUUUACUUUUUUCUGCUUGUUUUACUGUGAAAUACUGGAUAGUUCCAUGUCUUCAGGGCCUUUUAAACGUGUCAGGGACACAGCUGGACGCUGGGAUCCAGGUGAACUCGCUGCGACUUUAUUCCUGCACUUUACAACGAAAGCCUAGCAGGCUCGGCUUCUGUUCCUCUGCCGCUCCACCGCGUGGAGCUCCCCGACUCUACACGGCGAUGCACAGCCACAGAGAGAGUCGUACUUCCUCUGCUACUUCCGCCUCAACACCAGCUCGACCUUUUUGUCCGCUGGUUCAAAUCAACAAAACAGUAAAUAGUGACUUUCCAGGAAUAAAAGAGAGAGAGCAAGAGACUAAGUGCAGAAGGACAAACAGAGGACAACAGGUUGACGUAGAAAACAUAUGUAAACAUUAACAAACCAGGCAAAAAUGUAAAUAAUAAUAAUAAUAAUAAGAAGAAGAAUAAACCAAUUAUAAAGUAUGAUAAAUAUAAGUAACUUUAAUUUAAAGAAGUAAGUAAGAAAAAUAACUCAAAGGCACCACCUGGUGGCAGAAGCAGUGCAGCACAUCCACAGACGUCAGGACCACAUCGAACUGUGAACCUUGGAGCUUAAACACACGUUACCUCAGUAAAUCUGGAAACAUAACCGUUGCCCGAGUAUCGAGGAAUGAAAGCACAAUUACAAAUAAACCUGUCGACUGAAUUACAGUAAAAAAAAAAAACUGGUACAAAAUAAGUCACAAGCCAAAAAAGGUUGGGAGUCACUGAAAAAACCGGGACGACCUGACGACCGGGAAUCAAACCUGUGACCUCCAUCUGAACCCUCGGCCGCAGCUCGGUACGGUAUCUGCACGCGGCAUAUAUGUGAGUGCAGCAUCUAGAUGGAUGUGUAUCAAGUGCAGAGCGUCGUCCCAUAACCGAAGGACAGGCGCGUUUCCCGUUUUAACGCGGGGUCAGAGGUCAGGGGGCGCCCUCACUCGUCCUGCCCAGCAUGGGUCUACAGAUCGGACUCGUUUCACUCAUCCUCAGGACAGAAACUCACCGGCCUUCUGCAGGUUUUCGUUCCCCUCUUUCAAACCUUAUUUU